AUGGCCAUGGCUUCAACAGCCACCUUGCGGUUUUUUAUUUAUCAUGCAGCAGCUUUUUACAUCAGUAGAGUGGAUGCUACACUUGACAAGAAACUUGAGCAAAUUGGUACUACUGAGGCUCUUGAUCUCAAAGGAAAGGGUGCGGUUUCUCAAGCAGUCUUAGCUUACCAACUUUACCAGAAAAAGUUCUCUGGUACAAGAUGGGAACGCUUAGAGAAGAGAGGUGCCAAGAAGCAGAGGUUGAUGUGGGCCUCAACAAAUGUGAAAAAUCCAUCUUACCCUGACACAUUUUAUGUUAAUUCUCUUAUUGGACCAGAUACAGUUGCUGAAAUAACAUUGUCUUCAUUUGGUGCCUCUAUUGAUUUCAACCUUACUAGGCCAAGCUCUUCAUGCAUUCAUAGACCAUGGUAUUCUUUCAAGAACUCUUGAUGCAAAAGUAUCAGAGGCUCAAGACAUUUACAAUGCAAUUGAGAGAAGUUGGGGAUUGAUUGGAGUUCCGUUGGAUCACAACUGGAACAUGAGAUGCUGGAUUCUUUCACAAAAAGCUUUGACAAUGUGCUUGAAUGCAUGCAAAAGAAGGCUAAGCUUAGGGAUUUCAUCAGCUUAUAAACCGUUAUUUCAGGUUAACUAGUACACAAGUCUAAGGCACAAAUAUUUGGCACUUUUUUGUCUGACAUUAUGAAAUUAGUGCUGUCUAAGCUUAAAACUUUGGCUUGUAACUAAAAUAGUAUUAUGGACUA